AUGAAGGCCAACCUCGCUGCCGCUCUUUUGUCCGCGCUAUGGGCUGCCAGUAUUGAAGCUGCUCCCACUGUCGACACCACCUAUCGCUAUACCGGGCCAGAUAUACCUACAGGAGAUUGGGUUGAUCCGACAGUCAACGGCAAUGGCAAAGGAUUCCCGCGGCUCGUCGAGCCUCCAGCCGUGAAGCCCGCCAUGAAGAACCCAACGAACAACGUCAAUGUUGUUCAGUUGUCCUACUUACCCAAUGGCAUCAACAUCCACUACCAGACACCUUUUGGUCUCGGAGAGCUUCCAACCGUCAUGUGGGGUACCAGUGCCGGGAAGUUGAGCAACAAGACACAAGGACACACUCACACAUACGACCGGACACCUCCGUGCUCAUUGGUGGCGGUAACUCAAUGCAGCCAGUUCUUCCAUGAGGUCCAGAUCAAAGGCCUAACGGCCGGGACGACAUAUUACUAUCAAAUCCCUGCAGCUAAUGGCACGACAACCUCGCCAGUCAUGAAGUUCACCACAGCCCUUGCGGCAGGUGAUCACACUCCAUUCUCCAUGGCUGUGCUCAAUGAUAUGGGUUACACUAAUGCUGCCGGCACCUUCCAGCAACUCACAAACGCAGUCGACGAGGGUGUUGCUUUUGCCUGGCACGGAGGCGACCUGAGUUACGCAGACGACUGGUACUCUGGCAUUCUUCCAUGCGAGAGUGACUGGCCUGUUUGCUACAAUGGCACUUCGACAUCACUACCUCCUGGAGACUAUCCUACCGACUACAACACUCCUUUGCCAGAAGGCGAAAUCCCCAACCAGGGCAGUCCGCGUGGUGGCGACAUGAGCGUCCUCUACGAAUCCAACUGGGAUCUCUGGCAGCAAUGGAUCGGCCCAGUCACCAACAAGGUCCCUUACAUGGUGCUUCCAGGAAACCACGAAGCAGCAUGCGCCGAAUUCGACGGACCCGGCAAUGUCCUCACCGCCUAUCUGGACGACGAUAAGUCCAACGCAACUGCGGCAAACACGAGUCUGACGUACUAUAGUUGCCCACCGUCGCAGAGAAACUUCACCACAUACCAGCAUCGUUUCUACAUGCCCGGCGGCGAGACCGGCGGCGUCGGCAACUUUUGGUACUCCUUCGACUAUGGCAUGGUUCACUUUGUGGCCAUCAACGGAGAAACCGACUUCCCCAACAGUCCCGAGUAUCCGUUCGAAGCAGACCUGACCGGCAACGAGACACAUCCCACGAAGGACCAAACCUAUAUCACCGACAGUGGCCCCUUCGGUGCCGUCGACGGAAGCUACAGCAAAGUCCAAUCAUACCAGCAGUACAAAUGGCUAGCUCAAGACCUCGCCAGCGUCGACCGAACCAAGACUCCCUGGGUCAUCGCCAUGAGCCACCGACCCAUGUACAGCUCCGAGACUUCCAGCUACCAGAAAUACGUCCGCAAUGCCUUUGAGGCUCUCCUGCUCGAGAACGAGGUCGACAUGUACUUGUCAGGACAUAUCCAUUGGUACGAACGUCUUUGGCCUCUCGGCGCCAACGGCACCAUCGACAGCGCCUCCAUCGUCAACAACAACACCUACUUGACAAAUCCAGGAAUAUCUAUGAGCUUCGUUACCAACGGCCAAGCUGGGAAUGUAGAAUCGCAUAGCUUCCUUGAUGCCGACGAGCCGAUCAAGAACAUCACAAAUGUCCUCGACCAGCAACACUACGGUUUCAGCAAGUUAACGGCCUUAAACGCCACGGCUUUGAAAUGGGAGUUCAUUCGUGGCGACGGAGCUGGAGUCGGGGACACGUUAACUCUCCUGAAGAAGGGAUGCUAUGACUUGUGAAUGAGGAGACCGCGCCUCUUUAUCCAAUGUUGGAAACCCGGAAGUAUAUCAACGACGAUAAUAUGAGACCGGUCUGGGAAACACGUG